CCAGUUGCUUCUCGACAGGGCUUUGAACUUGGGGACGCUUUCGGUUUCUUGUUCUUUUUCCUCCACCAUGGUCGAGGGCGAGCGGCCGCGAUGUCUCGCUGUCCAUGGAGAAGGAUUAUAUUUUAGGUUCGGUGGAAAGAAGAGUCCCACUGUUCUAAAUGGAUUGGACAUUAAAGUUGAUCGUGGAAUAAUAUAUGGCCUGUUGGGACCUAGUGGUUGCGGGAAAACGACCCUCCUCCGCUGCAUCGUCGGGCGACACCACCCCAGCAGCGGCAGCAUCAAGAUCUAUGGCCGAGUUCCCGGAGAACGAGGGUUCUGUGUCCCUGGACCCGGAGUCGGUUUCAUGCCCCAAGAAUUGGCUCUGUAUCCUGAAAUAACCAUGGAAGAAACCCUAACAUAUUUUGGAAGGUUAUAUCUAAUGGACCAUGCCGACAUCAAAGAAAGGAUCAAGUUUCUAUCAGAAUUUUUGGACAUUCCUGAUAAAAAGAAACAAAUUAAAAAUUUGAGUGGCGGACAGCAGCGACGAGUUUCGUUCGCAGUAGCACUCAUUCACAAACCUCCUUUGGUUAUUUUAGAUGAGCCCACCGUGGGUGUGGACCCGCUUUUGAGGCAAAGCAUAUGGAGUCACCUGCAAAGGCUGGCCAUGAACGAUCACAUCACCAUCAUCAUCACCACUCAUUACGUGGAAGAGGCUCGGCAAGCGCAUUUGGUAGGCUUGAUGCGAGAUGGGCGUUUAUUAGCCGAAACAAAUCCUGAGGAUUUGAUAAACCAACACAGAUUACAAACGCUCGAAGAAGUCUUCUUAAAACUAUGCGUGAAAGAUAGUGAAGCGCACGAAGCGAUUGAUGUGCAUUUCGGCCAAGAUACGCCAGAUACUGUGAGCCUCACGACGGGAUCCCGCGAAGAUGUUUGGGUGCCCAGAAAGAGAAACCGUCCAAAUGAUGCUAACUGCAACUCCAGUUACGACCAUUACAAAGCUGCCCUGCUGAAUAACGACACCGACAUAGAAGCCAUUUUCAAGGAGGAUCAGACCUGCGUUAAUCAGACAGAAACAGCUUGUGCCCGGAUGAGAGCUUUAAUCAAUAAAAACUUCGUGCGACUGAAGAGGAACAUUGGAUUGAUAUUCUUCCAGUUGUUCAUUCCAACUUUUCAAGUGAUCGUGUUUUGCUUGUGUGUGGGUGGGGAGCCCUUCGACCUCCCGAUGUCCAUAGUAAACGAGGAAACCGAUCCUUCGGGGAAGGCGAAAGAUCUGUUACAACACAUCAGUUCACACACCAUUCACCAGAUUCCAUUUUCGAAUUUAACUGAUGCUUUAGAAUCAGUAAGGUGUGGCCAUAGUUGGGGUGUACUACACAUAGGACCAACUUUUACGGACAGUCUAGUUGAUAGAUAUUUGCUCGGCAUACAUGUAGACAACGAAACGGUAGAAGCCAGCACAAUAACAAUGUAUUUAGACAUGACAAAUCAACAAAUAACGUCUACAAUUUUUUCAAAAAUAAUGGAAAGUUUCCAAGGUUUUGCUGAAGCCGUUUUAGAGCAGCAUGGUAAAAACCCACUAAUGGCUCAACCUCCUAUUGUGGUCGGGGAUCCUAUUUAUGGAGACAGGAAACCAAAUUUUACUGAAUUCAUGGCUCCAGGAAUGAUAUUAGGCAUAGUUUACAUAAUGGCUGUUGGCCUGAGUGCGAUGUCCAUUAUCAUUGAGAAAAAGGAAGGUCUGCUGGACAGAUCUUGGAUAGCAGGUGUUCGUUCUUGGGAGGUAUUAUUUUCGAUCCUGCUUACUUUGUUCUUGACAAUGCUCCUGCAAGUAGCGCUAGUACUUCUGUGCACUUUCCAGGCAUUUAGUAUUCCAUCAAGAGGACCUAUUAUGUGGGUGGUUGUUGCAGUAUUGCUUGUUGGUUUGGAAGGCAUGGCCUACGGUCUCUUCAUUUCUGCCAUUGUUAAUGACGAAAAUAUAGCGAUGAUGAUAGCUAUGGGCUCAUUCUAUCCAAAUUUACUGUUGAGUGGAAUCAUUUGGCCAGUGGAAGCAAUGCCACAUUAUCUGAGAGAGCUUAGCUACUGCUUGCCGUUGACUUUGAUAGCUGACUCAAUGCGUUCUAUUCUGUCUCGUGGUUGGACGAUUACUGAUAAUGGCAUAUGGAUGGGAUAUAUAGUUACAAUCUGUUGGAUUGUACCGAUCAUCAUGAUAUCUACUUUAUUUUUUAAAUAUAAAAAAUAAACUGGAAAGGCUUUUGGACUACGUUUUCCACGCAUAAAAGCUUCUACAUCAUCAACCCUAAGUUCAACACUACUGCUCAAGUAGAAUAUCAAUGUGAUAAAAAAUAAAAAUGUAAGAUCUACGAAAACAAAAAGUUUCAAAACAAGUUCAGACAUGUGUUUUGGGGCUACUACAGUAAAACCUGUCUGCAACGAUACUGUUGGGAUCUAAAAAAAUAUUGUUAUACAGUCGAGUCCCGACUUACGCGAGGGAUUUGUCCCAAGACCCUUCGCGUAAGUUGAAAUUUCGCGUUGUGAAAAAUGGUAUGUGUAAAUACUUUUAUAAACAUGCCCAUACGAUUAAAGGCCCUUGAAACACCAUCUCAAACUGUUAAAAACCAUUUCUUAACUAUACAUUACUGUUUCUUAAACAAAAAAUUGAAUUUUUAUUUAUUGUAUUUAAAAAAACAAACCGUUUUAUUUAACAUAAAAAAGCUGCUACGAUGCACAAAAUCAAUGAUCAAUGGGAAAGGAAGACGUAAAAUAAACCACUACGGUACGUACAUUAUGUAGUAAGAAAAACAAAUGCAUUAUAGUUGUUGAAACUUUCUCUUUUUCCUUCUAUCUUCACAAACUUGAAAUGAAAUAGUGCUCUUAGGUGUCAUUAUAUUUCAUUAACUUUCCCAUAUAUAAUUAAUAAAAAUAAAUGGAAAAAGAGGAGUAGUUAUUUGUAUAAGCGAUGUUUAGACUAGUACGGUGUGGGAACUUCCGCCCUCAGCGCUGCCAAAGGGAUAAAGGUCCAUUCACGAAAAAACCGCGAUUCCCUUCGGAAAAUUUUCAUGUUGCGGGUGAAGAAUUCGCGUUAGGAAUAAAAUUCUUUACCGGGUGAAAAAUCGCGUUAUAGCCAUUUCGCGUAAGUUGGAUUGCGUUGUAGCGAGAGUCGACUGUAUACAGGUUAUCGUUAUAGAGAGUUUGAUUAUUUAUGCUGACAUUUUGCUGGAACUAAGGUAAAUAUUGUUACAGCCAGGUUUAUUGUUAUAAACAGUAUUGUUAUAAACAGGUUUCACUGUACGAGGAAGAGGUGAAAAGAAUCGGACUCCCCUUUUUCUGCCACGUAUUUCGAGACUCUUUGUAGCCCCGAAAUACGUGUCAGCAAGUUUUUGCUCAAGUGUACAUUCUUAACAUUUUGCGUUGAAAAGGGGGUUUAUUGCUGCUCCAAAAUUCUUGACCAAAAUGCUUUAUGACGUCGCUGAUUUUACAUCUUACUUGUAUU